AUGGGCCACUGGGUCAAGCUCGCGGUGCCGUCGUCGCAUCGCAUGCCGUGCUCGCACAUAGUUAAAGCGGCGAUUAAGAGAGGGGAGGCCGGGGUGGAGCGAGGCCGGGUGCUGCAUCGGCUGCAGCUCAAGGAGCAUCCGGGAAGGGACGGCUGCGCGGUAAAAUACGACGCUGACGUGGACCCCUGGGAUAUGCAUCCUGUGCCACGUGGCAAAUUCUCCUACUCCUCCUGCUGCGUGGAGUGGAUCAUCUACUCUUCUGACUGCGGACUCAGCAUGGUUCGAAUGGCGGAUUUCGCGCACAUGGCGGCCAUUCCGUUCGCCGUGGUGGGGGUGGGUGUGCCCUGGAGAGGCCAGGGCGGCCGCAUGCGGACUAUCCGCGACUACCUCCGCUCGCUGCCGCCCGACCGCAUUGUCAUUUCCACCGACGCCGACGACGCCUUCCUCAUGCCAGGCCCCCACUGCCGCCCGGAGAAUCUCGUAGAGGCGUUCCUCUCCCUCAAUGCGCCCGUGGCAUUCGGAGGGGAGAUCUUCUGCUACCCGGACUGGCGGAAAAUCGAGGUUUUUUACCCUCGGAAAAUCAACGAGACGAAGAACUGGUUUCUGAACUCCGGAGCCUACGUGGGAUACGCGUGGGCCCUGGCUAAGAUCAUAGACGCGACAUACGUGGGAGACUGCAUGCAAGACCAGCGUGCAUACACCCUCGGGCUUAUCGGCCAGCAGUACCUCUUCAGGCACCUCCCCCGCGUGCCCUACCCUGAACCCAGCGACUUCGAAUCCGCCCUCAACAGCAUGGGUAAUGUCACUGCGGCUGUGGCCGCCCAGGAAAAAUUUGCCGACUCACCGUUCCGCAAGCCGUGGCGCAACCCGCGCCCCGUGCGGUACAACACGACCAUGUCGCCGUUCCACCGGCUGCCGCCCGCGUCAGAAGAGAAGGUGAUCAGCGAGGCGAUGGAGGCGGGGCAGAAGGAUGCUCCGUCUGUCAUGGCUGCUCCGUUCAUGAAGCUGGAUCAUUACAACACGCUCUUCACGCACCUGGGGGGGUAUCCUUGGGAGGAGUUUGAAGUGGUGGGGAAGGGUGGAGAGGCGAUGGUGCGCGCGAAGAGCACAGGCGGCAUGGCAUCGCGCAAGGGCGCUCCCCGCGCGCCCGAGAACCUUUUGGGGCAGCCGUUUCGGGCAGUGGAGGAGGAUUAUGAGAUAGGCAAGGAGCUGGGGCGGGGCCUGUAUGGCAUCACGUACAUGGCAAGGCACCGCCAGACUCAGCAGCACUUUGCCUGCAAGACCAUCACCAAGGUGAGGCCGCCUCCUGCCCACACCUUUCCACCCCAACCCACCGUUUCCAACCAGACCCAACUCCCCUUCAACACCACCUCUUCCCCACGUUGUGUGCCUACGUGGCACGAUGCACCACCACUCUCCACCCCAUUCCACCACUCUCCACCCCAUUCCACCACUCUCCACCUGCAUUCCUCCCACCAGCGCCACCUGUCCGCCACGCCAUGUGCCAAUCCAACAUGGCACGAGAGGCCGCCAUUCUCGCCCGCCUGUCCACCACAUUCCACCGUUCCCCACCUGCCCACCUCCCACCAGCGCCACCUGUCCCCCACGUCAUGUGCCAACGUGGCACGGGAGGCGGCCAUUCUCGCCCACCUCUCCACCGGCCAUGCGGGCAUUGCAACGCUCAUUGACCAAUACGAGGACGCCACGUGUGUGCACUUCAUUCUGCAGCUCUGCACAGGUGUGCAGGAGGGGUGGCAUGUUGGAUGGGUGGGGUGGUGUGAUGGGAUGGUGUGUUCGAUUGUGUUCAGCACCACAGUCGGGAAGGAGGGAAGGAGGAGAGGAGGUAGAGUGGAAGCUAUAUUCGUCCUCCCUGCAUCUCUUCCUGCCAGCCAUGCGGUUCGGCAUAUGACAGGGGAAAGGCAAGUGUGGGAGCACCUGACAGGUGGCAAGGAAUCCAUCUCCGCUGCCUCUCCUGCCUUUCCUGCCUCCCUCCCCUUUUUCACAGGUGGCAUGUUGUACGAUGGCAUCAAGGCGGAGGGCAGCUACAGUGAGCAGCGCGCGGCCGGCAUGGUGCGGCAGAUAGUGCAGGCGGUGCAGUACAUGCAUGAGCGGGGAGUGGUGCAUCGGGAUCUCAAGCUAAAGAACUUUCUGCUGCUGCACUCAGGGGAGGACGCCCCUCUGAUGGCCAUCGACUUUGGCCUGUCCACUUUCUUUCAACCAGGGCAGCGCUUCAAGGAGGUGGUGGGCAGUGCGUACUAUGUGGCGCCAGAGGUGUUGAGAAGAGACUAUGGCAGCGAGUGUGACGUGUGGAGCGUUGGAGUCAUCACAUACAUGCUGCUGUGCGGCACCCCGCCCUUCUGGGAUGUGUCAGAGGAGGGGAUAUGUGAGGCGGUGCUGAAGGGAGAGUACGAGAUGAGCAGUGCCCCCUGGCCGGCCGUCUCCCAGCAGGCCAGGCACCUGGUGGGGCGCAUGCUGGAGAGCGAUGCUGCCAAGAGAAUUACCACCCAGGAGAUCCUUGGUAGCCCGGCUCGGCCGGCCAUCUCCCAGCAGGCGAGGCACCUGGUGGGGCGCAUGGUGGAGAGGGAUGCAGCCCGGCGAAUCACCACCCAGGAGAUCCUUGCGAUGCACCUAAUGGGGCGCAUGUUGCACAGCGAUGCACCUAAUGGGGCGCAUGUUGCACAGCGAUGCAGCCCGGCGAAUCACCACACAGGAAAUUUGAGGUGGGUGUGUCUUGGAGGGGGUGGGGUGGAAGAGGAAGGGGGAGGAAGGCGGGGAAGGUCGAAAGGGGGCUUGUACAUAGAACGUGGCGUAUGGGUGGUGGCGGGGUGCUGUUUGGACGAGGAGGAGAUGGCAGUGAUUCGAACACGCUUUGACCAUCUCGACCUCGACAGGGACGGCUGCAUCUCCGUGUCGGACCUCGUUGCCGGCUUCCAGUCGCUGCACAUCCCACUCUCAGAGGACGAGGCCCGAGAGAUCAUCCAGGCGGCGGACAGCAAGGGGUCGGGCACAUUGGACCUGUCAGAGUACGCAUCUGCCAUCAUGGUGAAGCGCAUGGAUGCUGCGUGCAUAGACAAGGCAUUCAAGCACUUUGACAAGGAGGGGCGUGGCUAUAUCACAAUGGCUGAUUUGAAGGCCACGCUUGCAGCAGGCGAGAGUGAUGAGACAGUGGAGUGCCUCAUCAAGGAGAUUGGCAACAAGCAUGCCACCAUUCGUGCUCGUCUCUCCACGGGCCAUGCGGGCAUUGCGACGCUCAUCGACCAAUACGAGGACGCCAUGUGUGUGCACUUCAUUCUGCAGCUCUGCACAGGUGCGCAGGAGGGGAGUGUGGUAGAGGGGUGGUGUGCAGGAGGGGUGGUGUGCAGGAGGGGUGGUGUGCAGGAGGGAUGGUAUGUUGGGGUGGUGUGGUGUGGCGGGGUGGGGUGGGUUGGGGGGUGGUGGGUUGUGUUUGAGGGUGCUUGCCAUCCCCACCACCCCAUGAGGAGAGGCGAAGGAGGAGCGGACAAGGGAAGGAGGAGCGGAGGAGGGAAAAAAGAGCGAAAGAGGAAAGAGGGCGGAGGAAAAGGUGGACUUACAGCAAUACUCACCCUUCCCGCCUCUCCCUGUCCGCCCCUCCUGCCAGACGGCGGCAUGCUAUACGAUGGGAUCAAGGCGGAGGGCAGCUUUUUGCAUAUGAUUGAAAAAGGCAUCUUCUCUGUCACUCCUCUCCUGCCUCUCCUCACCCCUUCUCAAAACCCAGGCGGCAUGCUAUACGAUGGGAUCAAGGCAGAGGGCAGCUCUUAG